AACGUCAGACAUACAUGCCCUCUGAAGAAGAUUAAGAAAGGCGAGAUAUAUAUAAUGGAGCCUAUGAAGUUUGUAUGCCUCUUGCUAGUACUUAUUAGCAGUACUACUACUGCACGGCUCUCCUUGGCACAUCCAUCCCAAGUGAAAAGUUUGGUUAACUGUAACAUCGAUGAUCUUCUGUUUUCGUUUUCAAAAGAUACAAAACUAGCCGCGGGUAAAGAAGCUGCCAAUGCUAUUGUUUCAAGUGCAAAGGGUCUUCUGGAAGAUGAAAGCUGGGCUGUAACAGCUUGUACAAACAAGAAGAUAAAGGGAAGGAAAAUGCAGACGAUGGGGCGCAAUAAUAUCGGGACGCAAGAUCAUCAGAAGAAAGAGCAUGCAGGUGCAGUUGCAGGGAGGACGACGUCAAAUAUCCCAAGCUCAAACCAAGUUGCUGGAAAGUACAAAGGUCAUGAAGAAGGUAAGAAUGGCGGCUCAAAUAGUAGUAGUAGUAGUAGUGUAGAACAUGAUGAGCAAAACGUUUAUCGUUCUUCUGAACAGAUUGAUGAUGAGGCAGCUGGUUUUGUAGCUUUCAAUGCUGACUACCAUGAACCAAGACACCACCCACCUAAGAAUAACUGA